CUUUGCUUUCCUUUACACAUCACUAUAUUUAGUGUCAUAACAUUUUUUUAUUUAACAAUAGCACUUGUAUAUGUGUUGCUUGUUGACUUGGGUUCGUUUUUAUAAAUUAAUUUGUUUGAAAGGAGUAAUGUAUAUAUAUAUAGGCUUGUGUAAAUGUUUGUAGAAAAAAUUGCGUGUUCACAAUCUACAACUAAUACGUAGUGUUCAUAUUUUCUGCUACCUUUUCUUCAUCAUGCUGUUGUGGUACGUGUUGUUAUUAUUAUUAUUAUUCUUGCGGGGAUUAAUAAUCUGUUGAAAAAAGAACUAUCGAAACUCAACCGUAUAAACGGUUUUCGAUCGGCAGUUAAAGCUGUGCCAAUUGUCAUUUAAUGAAAAAAAACACGAAAAUCGAAAGGAUCUGCUGAAUACAGUAAUCGUUCGCUAACUGGUCGUGGUUUAACUGGUCUGCUGUUUAACUGGGCGAACGUUAACUGGUUUUUGGACCAGUUAAAAAGCAGAAUUUCGUAAACAAUCGACGCCAUAUUCAAAUGGAAGAUUUGCUGUGAGGGGCAUUCGAAUGUAAUUUUAAAUGUUAUGAAAAUUGACAUUAAUUCGCACGACAAAAACAUUGAUUAAACUACAGAAAAAUAAUUUUCUCAAAUCAUAUGUCAUACCUGUUGUUGCACUCAAUGCGAAACUUCCAUUGGAAUCCUUUUGUUUAUCCAAUUACAGGAACAAUACGAAUCAAACAAUUCAUUGAAGUUUCCCUCGAUUUUAUUUGACGUUUAACAUGCCGGACCAGUUAAAACGCGAAUGUCGAUAAGUGGUCUUCCCUUUUCGCCCAGUUAGUGAAUGUUUACUGUACCUAUCCAUUUAUCACAGAAUCUCUACAACAAACGGAAGCUCAUUUUGUAGAAUUUUUUUUUGAUUACAUUUCUUUUUUUGCAAAAAAUUCUUACAGCUAUUAUAAAAAUUGCAUCCAAAAUUGUUUCAAAAGUGGGGGGUUCGUAUAUUACUGAACAAAGGCACAAUUCUACUUAGUCUUCUGUGAGUCACACCAGUCGAUUAUUCUGUUCUGAACAAGUUCAUUUAUACACAACGCGAUUCAUACGUGAAUGAUGUAAGAAAACAGAUAUAGCUGCGAAUGUUUACAGUUUACAGUAAAUGCUAUUAGAAAAUUAGAUUUUUUUCACAACUACAAAAUUCAUCGCUACGCUUCCGAUCAGCACCAUUUGCUGAAGGACUCUCCUCUAUUUCAAAAGUUAAGAUAAUAACACGAAUAUCAAAGUAAUAACAAGAAAAUAAAAUUAAAAACAUACGCUCUGUUUCUCUUUACAAUUUUCCACUAUUUUAUCGUAAAGUAGUUGAUAGUGAUUUAAAUUAGCUCAUUUUCUUUAUACAUUAAAGAAGAAAACUAAUAUUGGUAAUGUAUUCCUCACGUUCCGCUUCCACAGCUGCUUCACUUACCCUUCACUUCGCGUGAAAUGGGUUUGAUCGCCGAAACCUCGGAGGAAUGUUAACUUAUAUCUUCACCAGCUCGACGUAGUUUGCUGGCAGCAUUCCCGUGAGCCCUGUCCGUUCGACGCGACCCGUCAUCCAGCCGGAGUCGAUCGAAUUCACCUCGAUAAUAAGAUCGCCCUCGGUGAAGCCAACUUCGUCACUAUCCUGGGCCUCGUAGUCGUACAGUGCUCGAUAGACGCGCUGCGGAAUUGAAAAAAAAGGUACUCGUUACGAAACAGUGGAAAAGUUGGAAAACCAAGCCGGAACAGCUUGAGGAAUGUGGAAUGGAUAAAUUUUACGUGACUUCUCAUGCAUUGAUACCAAACAGUGAAAUUUUGGAAUGCAGUAUAAAACCAAAACUAGGUCAAUCGAACGCGUUUAGUCGUUUCGAAUACUGCAAUGAGGUUUUUGCUGUUACUACUUCUGACAUCAACUAACCAAUUCAGUGGCGUAAUAUCUGUGAUCGACAAUACGCCAAGGAUAGCGGAAAAUGGAGGAAAUGAUAUACAAGUCGACAUCCGUGGUGCUGUAACAUCUAAGUCGGUUACUAUGAAAAACAGCAGCAUCGAGACAUCUUCAAGUAAGUUUAAUGUAUGCGCUGAUUGUACUAUUAAUAUGAGCGCCCUAAUUACAGUACGAUGUGCACCGCAAGAGGAACUGCAACUAUAUGUACCACAUUGUGAACCAACGUGUUCGAAAAGUUGCGUUCAAUCGGCUCGUCGUUCGAAAUUGGUCCACAAACCAACAUGUGUGUGCAAGGCGGGUUAUGUCCGGCACAAGAAACGUUGCAUUAAAUUGAGCCAAUGCCCAACAUGUGGCCCGUAUGCAAAAUACAGCAGUUGCACCCCCUGUUGCGAAUCGACCUGCACUUUGGACUGUUCGGAGGUGCUAUGUUUAUCACCCUGCGCAGGAAAACCAACAUGUCUCUGUCAGCCCGGUUACGUCAAGCACAAAGGAGCAUGCAUCAAGAAGGAAAUGUGUCCUUCCCGGUGAGAAACCACCGCCACAAACAUUCGAAGCUACUUACAACUUUUCCCAUUGAUUUCGAGGCUGGAAUCGCCGUCUGCGCACCGCCGUAUUGCUGAGGUGGUUGAAUAAAUUGUGACUGUUUUUGUUGCUGUUGCUGAAGCUGCUGCUGCUGCUGAAGGUGUGCUUGUCUCAUGAGCUGCUGUUGCUGAUAGAGUUGCUGCUGUUGCUGGUGAUGUUGAUGAGCUUGCUGCUGCUGCUGCUGCUGAUGGUACACAUUUUGCUGUUGAGUCUCUGAAAUCGAGCCAUAGUAACCAUUUACCGGGUCAAUUUCGUUCACGGAACCGACUUUUCGAUUGUUAUUUGCGGUCACUGAAAAAUAACAGGAGUACUAAUUAGAGCGGAUUUAACUUUUGGUGGAUUCUAUAAAAUAUUAAAUUUAAUUAUUAUAUUACUUAAAUUUGUACCAUAAAUUUGCUUAUCAAAAAUAGAUGUUACAGAGAACGAUUUUGAAAAAUAUAUU